AUGACAACAGGUCAUGUGACGUUAAGGAGAUCACGAUGGAACUCUCUCAUACCUGACUAUGAUAAGAGAGUCAACCUCGAUAGUGUUGAGGAGUAUGACACAGACCUGGAGGUGAGGUCAGAAGAAGGGAGGAACAUCAAAGCUGACCCUGCCAUUGGCAUCUAUGCCUACCAGAAAAGUUGUAAGCGGUUGGGUACGCCGCCGCAGAGGAAGGUGCAGGAACGACUCAUGGCGAAGGAAAUGGAUCUGAAGUCGCGAGUCCUCGGAACUAUGGCGACGAGAGCAAUCACGACAGCGCUAACUAAGAAUACCCGAUUGGAGAAGGUGGACUUAAGUGAUAACUCGAUCGGGGAAGAAGGCGCCCUCUACGUGGCAGAUAUGCUCUGCGAAAAUGAUUACAUCACCGAAAUAGACCUCUCUCAUAACCAACUUGGGACACGCGGGGCCAUCGCCCUCGGGCAAAUGAUGAGGGAGAAUAGAUCUCUACAGUAUCUUAACCUAACAGCCAGUAACUUCGGUGAAGAGGAUGCAAGAUACAUUUCUAUCGGAAUAGCUAGUAACGACAGUAUCACCCAUCUUAACCUAAGCCAUAAUAAUUUCUCCGAAGAAGGUGCCCAAUAUAUAGGGAAGAUCAUAGCACAAAAUAUUUGCAUGACGCAUCUUGAUUUGAGUUGGAACAAGAUACGACGGAAGGGUGCUGUGACUCUGUGUAAGGGACUAGAGCUGAAUUGUGUUCUAACUUCUGUCGACCUCUCAUGGAAUGGUUUCGGUUACGAAGGCGCGCUCGCCAUUGGACAAUUGCUAAAGAAGAAUAAGACAAUACUGGAACUGAACCUGAGUAAUAACAGGAUCAACUGGCAGGGGGCGCUAUUUCUAAUGUCGGGGUUGAAAUGGAACAGGACCUUGGAGAUAUUGAGGCUUGGGAAGAACCCCCUCACCACGACAGGAUGCAUGGACCUGCUGGAAGGCCUCUCACACCCGGAGAGUAAAGUUUAUUAUCUCGACCUCACAGACGUGCCAGUGAUCAGCGCAUUUGAGAUGAUGGCGGAGGCAAUACGCAUCUCUCGGCCGUUCGAUUUCAAACAUGGCGGAGUUGUUAUGUCACAUGAUACGCUCGGCGAAAGACACGAAAAAUACAAGGACCCGAUGCAGCGAGUGAUAGAGUAUAUGCAAGCCAAUGAGAUUCGUCCACUCGAGAUGUUUCGGGCCUUUGACAAGUCAGUUAACUUCAAGAUGGGCAAAAAAGCAUUUCAAGAGAGGUUGAAAAAAACUGGUCUUCACUUCACUCAUGGUGAUAUAGAUGACUUGAUGCGUGCCUUGAAGAAGGCAGGGGGUGACGACCUCGGCAGUACAAAGGGCGUCACUUAUGCAAAACUCUCCCGUGGCGUCAUGAAUCAGAAACUGGUCGAACGUGAGGAGAAGAAGCGUGCUAUCAUGGAGGAAGAGAAACUAAAGCGCUACCACAAAAAUCUUCUCAACCCUUCACUGCCACCUAUCAACGUAGACGAAACUAUAGAGACACUUGAGACGGCGCGGUCUGCCACGCCGACGUCGAUGGGCGCAGUGAUGGUCCCUGGGAAGGGGAUUCAGACCCCGGUCAACCCCCCUGCCCUGGCCAUGGCUGUGCCCAAAGCAAGGCCCAAGAGUUCGGGGAUGGUUUCGAUGUCGGUACCGCUCGGGGGAGGGAAGAAGAAGAAGAAGAAACCGGGAAAACGAAAGUCUGCGAAGAAAAAGUCAUGCGCUUCGAAAAAGAAAUAA